GCACAAAGCACUCUGGACACAUUCUUCUCAUCAACAUCCCUGCUCUCUUUAUCUUGCCUCGCCUCCUCUCCUUCCUUCACCUGCUGGACUCUGAGCUGAGCAGGUACAUCUGCCAACCUGAGCCACGCCAAACCCGAGCUAGACCAACCAGUCACUAUGGAUAUUUCCAUCCAGCACCCUUGGUUCAGACGCGCCAUGAGCUCCGUCUACCCUGCCCGACUCUUUGACCAGUUUUUUGGAGAGGGAAUGUUCGACUACGACUUCUUCCCCUACACCACCUCUUCCAUCAGCCCCUAUUACAGACAGUCGCUGUUUCGCAACUUUUUGGAUUCUUCCAACUCCGGCACCUCUGAGGUGAGGUCCGACAGGGAUAAGUACACAGUCUACCUGGACGUCAAGCACUUCUCUCCUGAUGAGCUCAGUGUGAAGGUCACUGAUGACUACGUGGAGAUCCAGGGCAAGCACGGAGAAAGACAGGAUGACCACGGUUACAUCUCUCGCGAGUUUCACCGCCGCUACCGCCUCCCCUCCAGUGUUGACCAAUCAGCAAUCAGCUGCUCCCUGUCUACCGAUGGUCUGCUGACUCUGACCGGGCCAAAGGUCAGCGGGGGGAGCGAAUCCGGCCGCAGCGAGCGCAACAUCCCCGUCACCCGCGACGACAAGCCCAAUGCUGCCGCGUCCUCCUAGAGGCCAAGUGGCGGGGGUUGACCAGGGCUACACCCUGCAUCGACUGGGAUGGACGACCACAGAAUCUCUAUCCUCCACCCAUUGGCUUCUUCUUCUCCCAUACCCUUAGAGGAUAUCUGUGUCCUCCUUGCUUCACUUUCUCCUCUGUUGAUUCUUCUUGGCACACUCUUACAGUGUUAUUAGUAUCAUUGUUUUGAGCUUAACAAAUCUCUCCCCAUGAGGAUGGUUAAGCUGGAGUUUUUAAGGAGCAAACUCAUCUAAGGACGAGACAUUCUCACGACCUGGCACUCAAUUCUGCUGGUUGUUGUUGAUCUGCGUCAGAGCGAGUCCUCUGACGAUACAGAUGGUUGGGGUUAAGCUUGGAGGUAAAUGUCACACAUGUCUUGUCCCAGAUUUUCCAUCAGUGAAGUUCUCUGAGGCCCUGGCUGCUUCCAUUCUCGUGCUGACUCUUUGAACCCUCUCCUCUCGUCUUAAAUAUAUCCUGUACUGUAGUCUAGGCCUUGUUCAAUGGAUACCUGCUCAUUACUGAGAAGUCCAUACUAAAGAAACAUACAAUAAAUCUGUAUAAUUAACCAAAGGCAA